AUGAUACUGACGACAAUAGUUGCAUCCACAGCACCACCAACAAAUCCCCCCACUUCAACAGCUGCUUUAAUAACAACAUAUACUCCCACGGAAACAGACUCGACAACGUAUUCUCCCACGGAACCAGACUCGAGAUCAACUGUGUCUCCAUCAACUGCAUUUUGGACCGUCACAGAUUUUGCCACGACAACUGCUCCAGCAACAGUCGCUUUUACGACAACAGUCUAUCCAACAUCCACUACAGCUCAAACAACAGUUGAUCUCACAACAACAGAGUUGACCACAACCACCAUUGCUCCAACCGCCGUUGGUUAUACUGUAUCAGACAUGCACACCACAACUAAUGCUGGGACAACAGUUGCUCAAACAACAAAAGACUUGACUACAACAACUGCGGCUUCAGCAACAGUUGCUCGGACAAUAACAGAGAAUUGCCCCAACUGCCCCAAGUCAACCACCACUUUUAAAACACCUGCUUUUACAAUAACAGACCUGCCCCCAACAACUGCUCAAACAACAGUUGAGCAAACAGCAAUAGACUUAACCUCAACCACAAUUUCCCCUACAUUUGCUCUUACAUCAAUGGACUUGCCCACAACAGACUUUGAUCCAAUUACAGUUGAUGUUACAUCAGACUUGCCAACAACAACAGCAGGUCAGACAACAGUUGCUCUUGCAACAACAGACUUGACUAGAGCCAAAAGUGCUUUGACGACAACUGAAACCACUGCAAUGUCGUCUGUAACAAGUACUGUACCAACAAAAAACGUUUCCCCCACCACCACGAUACUGACGACAAUAGUUGCAUCCACAGCACCACCAACAAAUCCCCCCACUUCAACAGCUGCUUUAAUAACUACAUAUACCCCCUCGAAACUAGACUCAACAACAACUGUGUCUCCAUCAACUGCAUUUUGGACCACUGCAGAUUUUGCCACGACAACUGCUCCAGCAACAGUCGCUCUUACAACAACAGUCUUUCCAACAUCCACUACAGCUCAAAUAACAGUUGAUCUCACAACAACAGACUUGACCACAACCACCAUUGCUCCAACAACAGUUAGUUAUACUGUAUCAGACAUGCACACCACAACUACUGCUGGGACUACAGUUGUUCAAACAACAAAAGACAUGACUACAACAACUGCUGCUUCAGCAACAGUUGCUCUGACAACAACAGAGAAUUGCCCCAACUGCCCCGGGUCAACCACCUCUUUUAAAACACCUGCUUUUACAGCAACAGACCUGCCCCCAACAACAACUGCUCAAACGACAGUUGAGCAAACAGCAAUAGACUUAACCUCAACCACAAUUUCCCUUACAUUUGCUCUUACAUCAAUGGACUUGCCCACAACAAACUUUGCUCCAAUAACAGCUGCUGUUACAUCAGACCUGCCAACAACGACAGACCAAAAAACAGUUGCUCUUGCAACAACAGACUUGACUAGAGCUGCUUUAAUACCAACGUAUUCUCCCACGGAACCAGACUCGACAACGUAUUCUCCCAUGGAUCCAGACUCGACAACAUAUUCUCCCACGGAACCAGACUCGAGAACAACUGUCAACAGUCACUCUUACAACAACAGUCUAUCCAACAUCCACUACAGCUCAAACAACAGUUGA